AUGCAUUGGCUACUGUGGGUGCUGCUCAUAGAUGGCAGCCUGGGGAUUUGCGCGCAGUUUUUGCGAAAGGUCAACUAUUACCGGCGGUUCGUGCACUAUAUCUUGUGCGCGAUCCUCGCGUCAACAGUCGGCAUCCUGGUGUCCCCGGUGUUCUGGGCGAUUGGGAAGCAGGCGUCGGGCAACUGGGUGGUGGCGCGCACGUUCUACUACCUGUCGCUGGUGGUGCUGGGCAUCAAGGUCGAAAUUGAGGGCGAAGAGAUUCUGCACCGGGCGCAGCCCUGUGUACUGGUGGGCAACCACCAGUCGGUAUUUGAUUUGAUCAUGCUCGGGCGCGUGUUUCCCAAGCAGACGGUGAUGCUGGCCAAGAAGGCCGUGUCGUACUACCCGUUCGUCGGGUGGUUCAUGCGGCUCUCCGCGGACAUUUUUAUCUCGCGCGGCAGCAAGCAGUCGGCCAGCGACAUGUUCAAGAAGGCGUCGGAGGAGCUGCGGUCGAAGAAUGUGUCGGUGUGGUUCUUCCCCGAGGGCACCCGCGGGCGCUUCGACGACGGGCCCAACCUUCUGCCGUUCAAGGUCGGCGCGUUCCUGCUGGCGUACCACGCCAAGGUGCCCGUGGUGCCUGUGGUUGUUAUGGACAUUCACAACCUGUACAAUAAGCGGCGGCUGUGGAGCUCGGGCGGCACGCUCAAAAUCAAGAUCCUGGAGCCGGUGCCGAUGGCUGACGUGCGUGAGGAGGACCUCAAGGACAUCAUGAACGCCACCCGCGACCGCAUGCUGGCCGAGCUCAAGAAGAUCUCGCCCGAGCGCAUUGAGAACUGA